CGGAGGGGAUUGGAGACUCGGGUCGGGUCGGGUCGGGUGGAGAGAGUGAGAGAGAGAUAGAGAAAUGAACGGGGUUGGGAGGCAGGGGCAGAGAUCUGGUGCGCCGCACCACCAGCGCCAAUACUCCGAUAACUUCUUGGAGUCUUCGUCGAACGGACGCUGGCUUCAGUCCGCUGGUCUUCAACAUCUUCAGUCCAAUUCCAACUCAUCUAUCCCUCCUCCUUCUCAGGACUAUGGUUACUAUGGUGGAGGAGGAGGAGGAGGAGGAGGGCAGGGUUCUAGAAUGUAUAGGAAUGGGCAGAGAGGGUACAAUGAGUACUACAUGGAGCCAUCCACGCCUCCCUAUGAUUCGAGGAGGAAGGACCGCGAGGACUCCCCCAGUGAGUUUAGUCCCGGGCUCCUGGAUCUGCAUUCGUUUGACACUGAGCUCAUUCCUGACAUUCCAGUCUCUGGAAUGCAUGAUGUUGCCUCUCAAUAUUAUCCUUCUCGGGGCAGAAGCUUUGAUGAUUCUGAACCCUAUAUUAACAACAAACAAGCAGAAAGGGCUCAGUUACCAGAAAACAACCUCCUGAAAAGUUUUGCAGCAGACAAAGAGAAAUCCAGUUCUGUAGCAAAGAUUAAAGUUGUGGUGCGCAAGAGACCACUUAACAAAAAGGAGUUGGCAAAGAAUGAGGAAGAUAUAAUAGACACACUUUCCAACUCUGUAACAGUUCAUGAGACCAAGCUCAAGGUUGACCUAACAGCAUAUGUGGAAAAACAUGAGUUUGUUUUCGAUGCAGUGCUGAAUGAGGAAGUGUCUAAUGAUGAGGUAUAUCAUGAGACUGUGGAGCCCAUAGUUCCAAUAAUUUUUCAACGCACAAAGGCAACUUGUUUUGCAUAUGGACAAACAGGCAGUGGAAAAACUUAUACCAUGAAACCAUUGCCUCUAAAAGCAUCACGGGACAUCUUGAGGUUGAUGCACCAUACUUACCGCAAUCAGGGAUUUCAGUUGUUUGUGAGCUUCUUUGAAAUAUAUGGAGGACAACUUUUUGAUCUCCUCAAUGAGCGCAAAAAGCUUUGCAUGAGAGAAGAUGGUAAGAAACAAGUUUGUAUUGUGGGUUUGGAAGAAUAUAGAGUGGCUGAUGUAGAAACAAUUAAAGAGUUCAUUGAGAAAGGAAGUGCCACUAGAAGUACCGGUACAACUGGUGCAAAUGAAGAAUCCUCUCGUUCACAUGCCAUACUUCAGCUUGCUAUCAAAAGAGCAGUUGAUGGCAAUGUAUCAAAGCCUCCCCGUCUUGUUGGUAAACUCUCCUUUAUAGAUCUUGCUGGAAGUGAACGUGGUGCAGAUACUACAGAUAAUGACAAACAAACGAGGAUGGAAGGUGCUGAAAUCAAUAAGAGCUUACUUGCACUAAAGGAAUGUAUUAGAGCUCUUGAUAAUGACCAGGGUCAUAUUCCUUUCCGAGGAAGUAAAUUGACUGAAGUUCUAAGGGACUCAUUUGUUGGUGACUCUCGAACUGUGAUGAUAUCAUGCAUAUCACCAAGCUCAGGAUCCUGUGAACAUACUCUGAACACUUUAAGAUAUGCAGACAGGGUGAAGAGUCUUUCAAAAGGGAACAAUCCAAAGAAGGAUAUACUAGCUUCAACCUUAAACCUCAAGGAAUCAACAAAUGUGCCCUUAUCAUCAUUUUUGCCAACUGCCUCUGCCUUUGAGGAUGACUUGAACGAUACAUGGCCUGUACAAGUUGAAAAACAGGAAUAUGAACAAUCAGAAGAUAUCUAUGAUGAUCCAAAAACAUCAUGGAAGAGAACUGGGAAGCUACAACAGUACAAUGUCUCAACUUCAGAGGACAAAGUACGUAAACCUAAUGGUCAGUCAAAGUGGACGGGCAUGCCAAAAUUUCAAUCAAGGAAUUCUAACUCAGAUGAUGAUUUAAAUGUGUUGCUACAGGAGGAAGAAGAUCUCGUAAGUGCACACCGGAAACAAGUGGAGGAUACAAUGAAUAUUGUUAAAGAGGAAAUGAAUUUGCUGGUAGAAGCAGAUCAGCCAGGGAAUCAGCUGGAUGACUAUGUGACAAGAUUGAAUGCCAUUCUAUCUCAGAAGGCUGCUGGGAUCCUGCAACUACAAAAUCGCUUAGCUCAUUUCCAGAAGCGUUUAAAAGAACAUAAUGUUCUGGUAUCAUCUUCUGGUUUUUGAAUUAAUGUUGAAUCAUUAUUUUGCAUUCUUCAUUUUAUUUGGUAAUUGGUUGGGCUAUUAUCAUGCAUCUUACUUGGAAUCCUUGAAUUCAAGAUCGAUUUUUUCUUUUACACUAUAGAUGUUUACCAUCAUUGGAUUUUCAUUUUUCACUAGCCAUUGUAUGGAUUCUCAUUCCACAUCGCAUGCUGUGUAAAGUUCUGGAUUGUUGUAAUUUGACAAUCAAUUAGCGGCCAGGCUGUUUACUGCCUGUACGGAACUAGAGUUCUAAGCCGCAUGUACCUCUUCUUUAGCAUAUAUAAGAUUGUCAUGUUAUUUACUCUC